AUGCAAAAUGGUAAACCUGUUGCAUAUGCGUCGCGUGCCUUAACAGAUGCUGAAUCUCAGUUCAGUCAGAUUGAGAAGGAGUUUACAGCGAUAUUAUGGUCCUGUACAAAAUUUCAUAACUUCAUUUACGGCAGACAAAUCAUAAAUCACUCCGAUCAUAAACCAUUAGAAUCGUUGAUGCGGAAAGGAGUUGCUGAAGUACAUUCGCCUAGAUUGCAACGGAUCAAAGUCAAACUUUUAAAAUACAACUUGACUGUGAUUUACAAACCAGGAAAAGAAAUGUAUAUUGCAGACCUGCUAUCACGAAACUAUCUGCAAGAACCAAGACAAGACGACAAAUUUAUUACAGAAGUGGUUCACUCCAUCAAUAUGACCCAAGAGAAGAAAACAGAAUUCCAGGAAGAGUCUAGACAAGAUAGCGAAAUACAGAAGAUCAUGUUUUACCUUAUCCAGGGUUGGCCAUCGGACGUUUCAAAAGUACCAAUUGAAUUGAAGCCGUAUUUUCAAAUUCGUAACGACCUCCACAGUUUUGACGAUCUACUAUUUUACAAUGACAGAGUUAUUGUACCAAAAUCGCUCCGUUCAAAAAUGCUACAAUUUUUACAUGAAGUGCAUUUUGGAAUCACAAAAACCCAACAGAGAGCUAAGCAGAUAUUAUUCUGGCCUGGACUUAAUGGUGACAUAGAAAACGUCGUCAAAGAGUGCCCAGUGUGUGAAAAGUAUCAAAGAAGUAAUGUAAAAGAACCAAUGAUACUGAGAAAAUUUCCAAAAUUACCAUUUGAAAAAAUAGCCAGCGACAUAUUGGAUUAUGGAGGACAGUCCUACUUAGUAAUCAUAGACUACUACUCGAAAUGGUUGGAGAUCAUCAAGUUGGAAAGAAAGACGUCGCAAUCGAUUAUUAGGGCGAUGAAGACUGUGUUCUCAUGUCAUGGGAUACCUAAAGAGGUGUAUACCGACAAUAUGCCGUACAAUUCCCAAGAAUGCAGGGACUUCUCUAGAAAAUGGAAUUUCCAAUUUGUGACCUCAAGCCCCCAUUACCCCAAAUCGAAUGGACUAGCAGAAAGAGCAGUGGGUAUUGCCAAAAAUAUGCUACGGAAAUGUGAAGACUUGGAUUUGGCCCUUCUUGAAUAUCGAAACAUUCCAGUCACAGGAACAGAUAAAUCUCCUGCUCAACUCCUAACGGGCCGAUUUUUAAGAACAAAGCUACCUUCUGCUAACCACAUGUCAAUUCCAAAUCCAGUAAAUUUUGAGGAAGAAAAGAAGAAGCUAGAAGGACAGAGAGAAAUAUACAGGAACUACUACGACAGACAUGCAAUGAAAAGGAGAGAGUUUCAAGAAAAAGACAAUGUAGUUGUGCAACAUGGCAAAACUUGGGAACCAGCAGUAAUUACGAGAAAGUUGGAGACACCCAGGUCAUACAUUGUGCAACAAAACAAUGGUCGGUAUGUACGAAGAAACAGUAGUCAUAUUAGACCCUCACGUGGACAUCAUGACAUGAAACAAGAUUUUCUGGACUUUGAACAGCAUCAGGAAAAUCCGGUGCAAACUAAUAAUAAUAAUAAACAAACCAACAUUCAACCAGUUCAUAAUAGUACAAACUUUGCCCCAAGAAGGAGCAACAGGGUUACUAAACCACCAACAAAAUUUAUUGAUUAUGAAUUGAAAAGAAAUUGA